CAAUACUUUGCAAAAGAACAAAAUACUUUGUCAGAAGUGGGAUUCGAACCCACGCCUCCAUUCGGAGACCAGAAUACUCAACACCACAUAGUGGCGAAGAACGAUCGUUCUUGAGUCUGGCGCCUUACACCACUCGGCCAUCCUGACUGAUGGCAUUCUGCACCGCUGCCGCUAUUAUCACAGUGCCAUAACGGCGUUACUGGCUGCUUCCUAUUUCUUCACUACAUAUACGGCUAUUGUGAAAUAAUGCGUAUGUUCUGCCGCAUUAAAAUAUCUGCUAGUAUACCCAACAAAUGUGUAACAGGGAAAAAAUCGUGUUUAUAAUUUUCUGUAGUAUGAGUUCUGACGUAUCUAGGUGCUGGGGAAUUCCCUUUAGCAAAAUAAGAUUCGGCUCCUUGCAAACACGACGGAGAGUGACACAAGCUAUUCCGUGUGGUUCAAGUUGUUAAUGUUUAAUAAGUGACAUUUGUUACUCUGUUCUGUUUGUUUGCAAUCAACAAAACCGUUUAAAUAGCAAUGAGAAGUAUUUUACGUACAGUGUCUUUGAGCUGUACGAGCAAAACGGUUCCAUGCCAGAGCAAGUAUAUAGAUAUUAAGAAAUAUGACUCGAGUCAAACAUCUUCGGGCAAAGCAACGUUGUUCCGAUAUAAUGAAAGCAAUGAAUGAGCAGAGAGACAACAAACUCUAUUGUGAUAUCACACUGGUUGCGAGAGGCAAGCUGUUCCAUGCACAUCGUAAUAUACUUGCUGCCAGCAGUAAUUAUUUCAAGUCUAAAUUUCAAAGCCAGGGAUCUGAUCCUUUUGAAAAAAUGUUAGAGAUUGAUGGUGUCAGUAGACUUGCAAUGCAGCAUGUCCUUGAUUUUAUUUACACCAAUCGAGUUUGUGUGUCAAUAAACAAUGUGGAUGAAAUUCUUUACGCUUCGUGGAAAAUGGAAAUCUUGGAUUUAAUGAAAUUAGUCGUACAAUAUAUAAAAGACCAGUUGGACCCUACCACUUGCUUGCACUUUCGUGACCUUGGGAAAACUUAUUCAAUUGAUUGUAUUGUGAAGCAGGCAGAUCAUUGCGUGCGAAAACACUUUGAGUUUGUAGCGCAACAAGAUGAUUUUAAAGCACUCACCAUCUCUGAACUCAACUCUGUACUGCAGUCACAUGAGCUUGUGGUUACAUCUGAGAAGGUGGUGUAUGAAGCAUUGAUAAGAUGGGUAAAGUACGACCUUGAAUCUAGGAAACCAUAUUUCAUUUCAUUAUUCCAACAUCUACACCUGCAGUUGGUAGACCUGGAGUAUUUAUCUGAUACCAUUAGAAGAGAGAGUUUGGUGAGAGACAACCCAUUAUGUCGAGACUUGGUGGAAAACGCAUUUUACUUUCAUGCCAAACCUGACAAGUUCAAAAGAGAGAAACAAAGAAUCCAUCCAUGCCCUGCAAAUGAUAUCAUCUUUGUCCCAAGCAUUGAAGUUCAAAUGGGUUCCUUUAAUCCAAAACAAGGUCGUUGGAAAUCACUUGAAGUCACUGGAACACCAAUACGCAAUGCAGCAGUUGUAUGUGGUGGAAAAGUUUAUUGUUUUGGAUGUGGGAUUGACCCACUAAGUGUGAAAUGUUUCAAUGGUUAUGAAUGGAAAGAACUUCCUAAUAUGCCAACUGCUCAUUAUGGGGCUGCUGCUCAGUGUAUUGCAGGAGAGAUUCUUCUAUUUGGAGGUUCUUGCCAAAAGUAUCCACAUGCAAUGUCUGCAACAAACUGUAUAUCAAUCUACAAUCCAACUACUAAACUUUGGUCUUGUGUUCAUGGACUGACUUCUUUCCGCACUCAUGCCACAGCAGUUGCUGUAAAAGACACUGCAUAUUUGUUGGGGGGAUUUCCACAAACUGAAGGUAAACAAGAAAACUGUAAAACAGAAUGCACCAAGGUGGAAAUCUACAAUAAAUCUAGCAACACAUGCGAUACAACAAACAGCAUGCUUAUACCUAGGGCUUCUUGUGCUGCUGUUUAUAAAAGAGGAAAAAUAUUUGUAUUCGGAGGACUUGAGAAUGUCUUUGUUUUCCACGGCGAAGUAUUGAAUGUAGAGGACGGUGUUUGGAGUCUUUUGAAAAGUAAAAUCCCAUUUCAGCUCGGUCAUUCUUCUGCUUGCUACUUUGGAGAUUACAUUGUUGUGUAUGGCAGUUCUACCUAUGGUCAUGUAUUGCUGUACAACCCUGGUGUGGAUAGAUGGGACAUCUUUGUGGAUUAUUCACCUUACAAGUCAUUUAAUGGGGAAGGUGUAUUGUACGUGGCAGGUGGAGAAGAUAAUAUUUAGAACCAUCAACCAGGUUUCUUGUACAAUAUUCUCAAGCGAUCACGCUUUAACAAGGCUUGUAGUAGUUUUAAAAAAUUGUUUAUUUAAUUUUAAUUUUUUACCUAUGCAAAUAUAUUAGUAGAAGUAUUAACAAUGUACAAUGUUUAAGUAGCAAUAUUUGGGUACCUUUCAUUUUUAAUUCAUUGUGAUGCAAUUAACUUAAAUAAUAUACAAGAAACAAAAGAGGAGUUAA